AUCAAAAUUACACAGAAAAGCUUCAAAGCUUCAUUCUCUCAAAUUCCCUUCUUUCACUCCCUCAACACAACCCCCGCCUCCCUCCACGCACCUGAGCUCUCACGCUCACAGAUUACGCCUCUUUCUCCCCCCACCGAUCUCCAUUUCUGCUCGGAGCGCCGCGAUUUCAUUUUCGCCGUUUUGUCGGCGAAGAUGAAUUGUUAAGUGAGGUGCUUAUGUGGAUACAGAGAUUUGAUUGUCAGCAGUUUUUUGCAUAAAAUUGGAUGCAAUUAACUGAGAGGGUCUUCAGCGAAGAGAGGACCCUUGAUUCGGUUUGGAACCGGAGCUGUUUUUCUUGACGUUAUCGUAGAGUUUAGUCGGUUCGUUAUCCAGACAAUGCCAGCCGUACAGAAGCUUUAUAACGCGUGUAAAGCAUCGCUUACGCCUAAUGGACCCAUUUCAGAAGAGGGUUUAGAAAAAGUUCGCAACUUAUUAGAAAAAAUCAAGCCUUCUGAUGUAGGUCUCGAGCAAGAGGCCCAACUAUUACGGAAUUGGCAGGGUACAUUCACAGAACGCAAUGGGGGAAAUCGGGCUGCCCCCACAAUCAAAUACCUGCAUUUGCAUGAGUGCGAUGGCUUCUCAAUGGGAAUAUUCUGUAUGCCACCUUCUUCAGUCAUCCCUCUUCAUAAUCAUCCUGGGAUGACAGUGCUGAGUAAGCUUCUGUAUGGUUCAUUACAUGUAAAAUCCUAUGAUUGGAUCAACAUUCCCGGGCCUUCUGAUCCAUCUCAAGGAGCAAGGCCUGCCAAAAUUGUGAAAGAUUGUGACAUGACAGCUCCAUGUGAUACAACAGUUCUUUAUCCAACUAGUGGUGGUAACAUCCAUUAUUUCAAGGCCAUCACUCCUUGCGCCAUCUUUGACAUCCUUUCUCCGCCCUACUCAUCCGAUGAUGGACGCCAUUGCACUUAUUUUAGAAUGUCCCCUGCCGCAGAUCUACCUGGUACCAUCGAGGUGGACGGAGAGACAAUAUCUGAAAUUACUUGGUUAGAAGAGUUUCAGCCUCCAGACGACUUCGUCAUAAGGAGAGGACAGUACAAAGGCCGCGUGCCUAAAACUUGAAGAAAUUUUUGAUGUCAUAUAUUCAAAUUCUAUAAGCUCUCAAGAGCCAAGACUGUCUUAAUUUACCUCAAUUUUAGUAUGGUUUAUAACUCUGGUGACAAUAAUUUUCCUUUAGCAGAAAUUAGACGUUUGAGGUGUACAUAGUUGAGGUAUUAUAUAUUAUUAUUUGAUUGACCUUA